AUGUUACAACUUCCGUACCAAUUCGGUCGAUCCGGAAUGGAUCGGUUAAACAUUCCAUUAGGGAGCUUGGUCUUGACUUUUCUGUGUGGUAUUCAUUCUCGUUCGGCUCUUGGAAUCACAUCCAGCAGUGGUGGGAACAGCUCGCAAAAUCCAACCACUUCACGUACUUCAUUGCCCCCAACCCUUUCUCGUACCUCUAUUGAAACAGAAUGGUUUCAUGUUCUUUCAUCGAUUGGUUAUUCCUUUCCGUUCGUAUCUCUUUCUCCAAUUUCGGUCUCGAUUAGUUCACAAGAUUGA